AAGCCGUUGGGGAUUCAGAGAGGAACGUUGGAGUGAAGACGAGACGAGGAGACAAAGUCACGGGUUACACUCUGAACGGAGCCGUUAACGGGUUUUUAAGUUGCAGCCAUGACUUCCUGUUUUCUCCUCGGCCUGCUCCUGACUCUCACUGUCCUCCACAGCUCCGUGUCGGCAGAACAGCGGAGGCUGUCUCCAGAUAAUCUGCUGGUGAUCACUGCGGCAACGGAAGAGACAGAUGGCUUCAACCGCUUCAUGAGGACGGCCCACGAGUUCAACUACACUGUGAAGGUGCUGGGUCUGGGAGAGGAGUGGAAGGGGGGUGACGUGGCUCGAACAGUGGGUGGAGGUCAGAAGGUCAGAUGGCUGAAGAAAGAGCUGCUCAAACACUCAGAAAAGAAGGACAUGGUCAUCAUGUUCGUUGACAGCUAUGACGUGAUCUUUGCGUCAGGUCCAGAGGAGCUGCUCUCCAAGUUUUCCCGUCUGGGUCACAAAGUGGUUUUCUCAGCUGAGGGGUUCUGCUGGCCCGACCAGAGACUGGCCUCCAAAUACCCAGAAGUGCAUACUGGGAAACGCUACCUCAACUCAGGAGGGUUCAUUGGCUUCGCUCCAGAACUUAGUACAAUCGUCCAGCUGUGGAAGUAUAAAGACAACGAUGACGACCAGCUGUUCUACACCAAAAUCUACCUUGACAAGACACAGAGGACAAAGUUCAACAUGACUCUCGACCAUCGCUCCAGAAUCUUCCAAAAUCUGAACGGAGCCGUUGAGGAAGUCGUCUUGAAGUUUGAGAGGGCAAAGGUCAGAGCGAGGAAUGUUGCCUACGACACACUUCCAGUCAUUAUCCAUGGCAACGGUCCCACCAAGCUGCAGUUGAAUUAUCUGGGUAACUACGUUCCCACAGCGUGGACCUUUGAGAACGGCUGUGGGAUCUGUGAUGAUGACCUGCUGUUCUUCAAUGACGCACCUGAUGAGGAGAUGCCUCUGGUGUACAUCGCGGUGUUUAUUGAACAUGCGACUCCCUUCAUGGAGGAGUUCUUGGACCGACUGGCGACACUGAAUUACCCGAUGACGAGAAUCCGCCUCUUCAUCCAUAACAACGUUGUGUACCACGAGCGUCACAUCCAGAAGUUCUGGGAGCGUCACAGAGCUCUGUUCCCUGAUGCCCUGCUGGUUGGACCUGAGGAGAACCUGCAGGAGAGCAAGGCCAGAACGAUGGCUGUCGAGGCGUGUAAGAAGGAUCCAGAGUGUGAUUACUAUUUCAGCAUCGACUCCGAGGUGGCCUUGACAAACCCAGACACACUGAGGAUACUAAUCGAGGAAAACAAAUCAGUUAUAGCUCCCAUGUUGUCCAAACAUGGGAAGCUGUGGAGUAACUUCUGGGGUGCUCUGAGUCCUGAAGGCUACUACUCCAGAUCUGAAGACUACAUUGAAAUUGUCCAAGGCAAGAGGAUCGGACUGUGGAACGUACCGUACAUCACUCAGGCGUACCUGAUCAAAGGCAGCGUGCUGCGGUCCAAACUGUCCCAGGUGAGCCUGUACGUGGACGAGGAGAUGGACCCUGACAUGGUGUUCUGCAGGAGCAUCAGAGACCAGGGAGUCUUCAUGUUCGUGUCAAACCGCGAUGAGUUUGGUCGUCUUGUGGCAUCCACCAACUUCAACACAUCCAGACUGCACCCGGACAUGUGGCAGAUCUUCGAUAACCCUGUGGACUGGAAGGAGAAGUACAUCCAUGAGAACUACUCCAGGAUCUUUGAAGAUGAGAAGAGUUUUGUGGAGCAGCCCUGUCCAGAUGUUUACUGGUUUCCAGCCUUCUCAGAGAAGAUGUGUGAUCAUCUGGUGGAGACUAUGGAGCACCAUGGAGGAUGGUCUGGAGGAUCACACAAGGAUGAGCGUCUGGCUGGUGGUUAUGAAAAUGUCCCGACUGUGGAUAUCCACAUGAACCAGAUCGGAUUUGAGAAGGAGUGGAUGAAAUUCCUCAGAGAGUACAUCGUUCCUGUCACCGAAAAACUCUAUCCUGGCUAUUACCCCAAGGUACAGUCCAGAUAUUACCCCAAGGUACAGUCCAGUUAUUACCCCAAGGUACAGUCCAGAUAUUACCCCGAGGUACAGUCCAGUUAUUACCCCAAGGUACAGUCCAGAUGUUACCCCAAGGUAGAGUCCAGAUGUUACCCCAAGGUACAGUCCAGUUAUUACCCCAAGGUACAGUCCAGAUAUUACUCCAAGGUACAGUCCAGAUGUUACCCCAAGGUACAGUCCAGAUGUUACUCCAAGGUACAGUCCAGAUGUUACCCCAAGGUACAGUCCAGAUAUUACUCCAAGGUACAGUCCAGAUAUUACUCCAAGGUACAGUCCAGAUGUUACCCCAAGGUACAGUCCAGAUAUUACUCCAAGGUACAGUCCAGAUGUUACCCCAAGGUACAGUCCAGAUAUUACUCCAAGGUACAGUCCAGAUGUUACCCCAAGGUACAGUCCAGAUAUUACCCCAAGGCCCAGGCCAUAAUGAACUUUGUGGUGCGUUACCGUCCUGACGAGCAGCCCGCUCUGCGGCCGCAUCACGACUCCUCCACCUUCACCAUCAACAUCGCCCUGAACAACAAGGGCAUCGACUACGAGGGUGGAGGCUGCAGGUUCCUGCGUUACGACUGUAAGGUGGAGUCUCCCAGGAAGGGCUGGUCCUUCAUGCACCCCGGCCGCCUGACGCACUACCAUGAGGGUCUGCCCACCACCAAAGGGACCAGAUACAUCAUGGUGUCCUUCGUGGACCCCUAGGAGACACAUCUACAGGACGUGUGUGUAUGUGUAUGUGUAUGUGUGUGUGUGUGUGUGUGUGUGUGUGUGUGUGUGUGUGUUUAAAGAGCCAAUCAGACACACCAACCACUUCAACUGGUCUACUGUGUGUGUGUGUGUGUGUGUCUGUGUGUGUGAGAGUGAGCGAGUGUGUGUCAACCUCAUCAUCCCUGAUUGAAAUGGACAGGACGGAGGAGUAGCCGUGAUGACCUUGAAUGCAUCGUCUCCGAACAUUUCCCACCCUGACUUUAAUUUUCCCUGCAGAUUGUAUUAUUUCUGAUUGGGUGAUGAGAUCACAUGGUGCAGGUGUAACAGAUUUUCAGAGAGGUACCUGAACGCAUCAUUGCAGAACAUUUCAAAAUAAGAGUCACUCUAUUUAUCUUCAUUUUGUAAGUUCAGAUGAGCAUUUCAAAAUAAGAGUCACUUGUCAGAAUUUAAAUCACGUAACACCGUGCUGCCUUAUUUUUUUUACACUACCUGAAACUAUGCAAUCAGAACACACUCCACCUGUGUGUGUGUGUGUGUGUGUGUGUGUGUGUGUGUGUGUGUGUGUGUGUGUGUGUGUUAAUGUUCGUGUGUGCGUGUGUGUGUGCGUGCGUGCGCGUGUUAGCAUCACCUCGCUGCUGUUACACUCCAUCAAACUCCAAAAACGACGUUGUUGCAGACUAAAGUUCCUGAUUGUUCCACAGCAGCUUUGAGUAACAUCAACCAGAAAAAGGCGCCUCUCACUCGCCACCUGGGUGAUGCUGGGGUUACCAUGGCAACCAGCAGUGUAGCUAGGCAUGAUGAGGACCACGGGUUACUCUGAUGUGUCAGAGACAUCAGGAGAGACAUAAGAGCAAAAUUAAGACAGAAUAUUUAAAAAAGUAUUUUAAUGUUGACAAGUCUGAGGAGUAAAAGUGUGUGAACGGAGUGUUAGAGAUAUUUUUAAACUGAGAAACACUAAAGGCCUUUUAUAUUUUCAUGUUUUAUUCUUCAGUGUGUUUUAAAUUCAUUUUGUUCUUUGGAUCUUUGUUUCCAUCAUGUAGUCGAGUAUUGUCUCGUUGGCGUGAAGCCGUCGUCUCCUCUCAGUGUUUAUUUCCUUUUGUUGUGUUUUGAUGCUUUUGAGGAGCAGCUCCACAAAAACUGGACUUAGGAGGUUUCCACCUGACACUGCCUUCAUUUUCUCUCCAUGCGUGCCUGUCGAUACGAGGAUUCAACUGUCUCUGGCUUUGUACAAACUGCGUUAAAUUAUUUGUUAAUGACUGAGCAAAUAAAGUUUUGAGAUUUGAAUAAAUAAUUUUACUGUCA